GUCCCUGUCCUGUAACUCACAUAAGACGCAAGAAAGAUGCUUCGUAACUCAAAGUAUUUGUUCAGUCCAGAUGAAAAUUUUGUCCCCUCAAAAUUACAUUUGGGGGACUUCCUUAUCAAGACGUUUAAAAAAUAUGGAGACAAGGUUGCAUUGAUUAACGGCGCUACUGACACGAAACUCACCUACAAUGACCUACUCCAAGCGUCUAUGAAUAUUGCUGUUUCUCUCCUUCAACUCGGUUUGAAGAAAGGAGAGACGGUUGGUAUAUGUUCUGAAUCGAGGCUGGAGACUUGGUCUGUGAUCGUCGGAGCGGCCUGCGCUGGAGGUGUAAUGACACCUUUGAGCAUUCAAUAUGUAAAAGACGAACUGCGACAUGUUAUGAAUAUAUCAAAGCCGAAAUUUCUUUUUUGUUCGAAGCAAGCAUAUGAUAAUCAUGAAGCUAUAUUCAAGUCAUUAGUUUACGUUGAAAAGAUCAUAUUAUUUGGUGACGAAAGAGUAAAAGGUACAUUACUAUACGAAGACCUGGCGAAGAUGUCACCGAAUUCGAUGUUGAAGGAAAAUGUGAAUUUUGAAGAAUUUGAAGUAGUGGAUGUACAAGGUCAGAUUGAUACAGUUUUCCUCAUGUAUUCAUCAGGAACGACGGGAUUACCUAAAGGAGUUAUGCUAACACAUCUAAGUGCCCUAAUUAUGUAUAACUUAUCGUGUUUACUUGAUCCAACAUAUAUUGUUUUAAAUGUAACACCUUGGUACCAUGGUAUGGGGUUAAUGAGUACAUUUAUAUACCUGAGCCAUGGCUGCAAAUAUGUCUUUUUACCGAAGUUCGAGAUUGAAUUAUAUUUGAAAACGAUCGAAAAAUAUAUGGUCAAUCUGCUAGUGUUGGUGCCGCCCGUGCUAAUGGCUCUUAUCAAGACGUCCUCGCAGUAUGACCUCAGCUCCGUCGUGGCGAUUGUGAGCGCAGCCGUUGCACUUAGGAAGGAGACUAUUGCAGCUGUCCACGAAAAGUAA